CUUGUCGUGGUCGGAUCUCCUCCAGCCAGAACAUUUUUAGUUUUACAAAGUUUCAAUUUUUGACGGAAAUUCACUUUACAAAAGGUAACUCUAGACAGGAUUAGUGAUUUGUUGAGUGACAAAAAUUAAAAUUUCUUAUCGUUUGUUAUUAAAUUAAACAUGUGUUGUAGAUAAAUUUUUCCACUCUUUUUAUAGAGUUUUUUGAGAUGUCACGACCACGUCGGUCUUCUCGUUUGACCAAUCCGGUUAAUUAUGCAGAGGACGAUAAGGCUGAAGAAUCAUGUCAGUCGUCUGAUUCAUCCUCAAGUGAUGAAGUCGUUAAAUGUCCAGUUAAGGGGAAAAAGAGCAAACCGGUCAUCUCGUCGGAUGAAGAAGAGGAGAAGAAAGUAGAAAGUAAGUUUCUUUGUGCAUAUUCCUAAACAAUUCAAGUAAUAAUAUUUGCAUUGCAUUUUUAUGCAGAUUAUUAUGACGAGUUUGACGAUGAAGACUUUCAUUUCGGAGAAAGGACUGUUCCACCAGAAGUUGUCGAAACUUUGGAUAGUGCAGCCGGACCCAGUGCCGUAACAGAGGGACCGGAAGUUAUAUAUUCAUUUUAUCCUCGCCUCCAAGCUGAACGACUCAUCGCCGUGGAAUGGUUUAAGUCGAAGACACAGAAUCAAGCCGUACUAGACAUCAUCAUGGCUAAAGCUGGGGUCACCACAAGAAUGACAAAAGAGAUCCAUUUUGCAUCCGAAUUGGGCUACUACGUCUUGAAUGGAAACAACAAGGGGAAGCCAAAACGACAGAGUUUGGCAAAUUAUUUAGGCAACAACUGGAAAACGUCUUGUUCAGAAGCAAUGCAAAGAAAAAAUGCAAAUCCAAGAAAUAUAGCCAUGAGCUUACUUUGUACAAGCAAAAGAAAAGCACUGACUCCCAACAUGGACAUUUUUUACUGUGCCGUACUCUUAUACAUUCCUAAAGACUUCGACUUGGAUCCGUUUCGGAACGAAACUCGUAGUUGGAGUGACCUCAUUACUGACCCUUCCAUCAGACGACAAUAUUAUUUUGGAAAAUGGAAGUCUGAAGACGGACAAUUCGGGAUGAGAUGGUCUCAUUUCACAGCACGUGACAAAAGAAGCAGCCAAGUCAAAGAUCGUUUACUGGAUGAGAAAGACCCAUGCAUCUGCUUGGAAUUAAUUGUCACUCUUUGUGAAGAAAUGUAUGUCGCAGAGCAAACUGAAGGAUUUUGGAUGGCAUAUGGUGACCAGAUGAACGUCAUGACGGACUCGGAUUUGUUUAUCAUAACAAAACCCGACGCUACCAUCCCGAUUGCGAAAGAAGCCACAGCUAGGAUGUUAGCGAACGACCAUGAAGAGGAUGGAACUUCUUUCUUUAAGUUUAUUGACGAAGACGAGACGCCAUACCCCCCCUAUUUUGCCACUCUGGACGAAUGUGAAGCUGGUCAUUUCUGUAUUAAAAAGUCUUCUGUCACAGAGAGGUGGGUUUCAGGAACCCGAGAAGAUAAUAACAAGUACAAAAUUAUUCGUGAUGCAACUAUUCAAUUAUGUCGUUAGAUAAUAUGUUAUACUUACGUAAAA